AAAAGGCAGCUAUGCGCAGCAGAGGAGGAGGAGAAUUGCUCACAGUUCAAAUCUCACCAAGGGAAAAGUCGUGCGACCCAUCACCAUGCGAGGGUACGCUGUAUUUGGCCUGUGGAACAAAAGCCUUGGCAGCUAAGAACGCACUUCUUAUUCUGGAGUCUACCGAAAGAAAUGGAGCCCGAAGCUAUGGCAGACCUCGUAGCGAAGUCUUUCCGGUAGGCGAAAUUCACCGUGAUAUGGUGUAGACACCUCUCUCACGACCAAUCACUUAGCAUUAUGCAAGAUCCUGAAGUGGGCACAGGCAAGCUGUCGCGCCCUACUUGCCAAUAGCACCCUUGCACAAGCAUCCGCAGCGCUGAAAAGUGUAAGUCAUUAUUGCUGCUGACCAAGGUAAGGCAAGACAAGAAAGAUUAUUUUGGGCUGGCUGCGCAUGCGGACUCCCGUCUACCGUUAGCCACUUCCGGGAACAUGCUUCCUCUUAAAAGUCUUUGAGCGGGAGAAAUCCGCUAUGACGGGGCGAACAUUUCACAGGAAUGCGAAAAGGUUGGACAUGAUGGAAUGAUCUUCAAGUAGGAGUAGGUGAAACGCGCAGCGAGAAAGUCUUGGCUCCUACCAAAGUAGUUUAGCAUAGACU